AUGUCCGACCUACAGAACGUUCGCCCCAUGUUCGACCUUGCAGGUCGCAACUACAUCGUCAGCGGCGGCGCCCAAGGCAUUGGGUUCGCCGUGACACGCGCUAUCUGCGAGAUGGGCGGCAACGUGGCGGUUCUUGACAUCCAAGAGUCGCCUGUGCCCGAGUUUCAUUCCUUGGGACAGCUGUUCGGGCGACAGCCGAUAUACAUCCAGACUGAUGUGCGUUACGAAGCUAGUAUCAACCAAGCGUUUGAGAAAGUUCUCGCUGCCUUUGGGACAGUGCAUGGAUUGGUACCGGCCGCUGGAAUUGCCAUCGACAAGCCUUUUGUGGACCAGACCUGGGACGAAUUUACUCGGAUCAAUGAGAUCAACGUCCGUGGCACAUUCUUUCUUUCUCAAUUGGUAGCCAAGCACCUCCUCAAGCAAAACCAAGGCGGAAGCAUGGUUCUCAUCGCCUCUCAAUCGGCACAUAUCGCCCUCCCAGGUUACCGGAUGGCGGCCUACAACGCCUCCAAGGGCGGUGUCUUGAUGUUAUCCAAGGCACUGGCUGUGGAACUCGCUCCACACAAUAUUCGUGUGAACACCAUCUCGCCCGGCUUUGUGGACUCGGAUAUGACUCGCUCGGUCCGAGAGCUAAAAAGCCAAAUGGAAGGGGAGCAGAUGUGGCUCGCGCCUCCGAUGAGGCGGCUUAGUACACAGAAUGAUUUGACUGGUGCCGUGGUGUAUCUUUUGAGUGAUGCGGCCAGGUUUACGACAGGGGCAGAUAUUCCUAUCACGGGGGGUCUGCAUGUGGGGACGAUUGAUGGGUUGAUUCAGUAUGAAAGGAAAGACUGA